ACGCUCAGCGCAGGAUUGGCUGCUGUGGGUUGCUCAGAGCCACGUCCAGUUGGAUUUUGAGUAUCUCCAAGGAUGGAGACCCUGCGACCUCUCUGAGCAACCUGUGCCAGUGCUUGGUCAUCCCCACAGUAGAGAAGUCAUUCAUGAUGGCAACACUUCCAAACAAAACAACUAGUAAUUAUUAACCUCUUCAGAUUUUCUGUUUUGUUUUUUUUUUUUUAAAGGAAAAAGAAAAUGCAACUAUUUUCAUAAAAAGAAACCAUUUUUUUUAAAUGUGUUCCCUCAAGAAAUUCUCCACAUGGACACUUCGGGAAUAAUCCCACUGCUUCUGCCUUCAUACCAGAGCAGCACCUGCCUGUGAACUGCAUUGCACUGUUGACAGAAGGGUUGGUGAUACAGUCAACCAUUAUUAACAUUAUUUAUUUAGCACCUGGCAAACGCAAUCAGGCUCUUUGUGCUAGGCACUGCCCAAACAAACUGGAAGGAAGACAACCUGUUCCCAAAUAAGUUGUUAUUUACCUGUUAAACAGUAGGCUGCAAAGAAACGGGUGGAGGGAAGCAAGGACACCGAAGCUUUUUUGUUAAUUUCUGAACUUUAGCAUCAUUGCUUCCCUCAUCGCAGCCAUACAUGGGAGAAGAAUGAGAUCCCGGCCAUGCUACCCAACGGCGUUAGCCAGUCAAGUGGAUGGAGAUGUCCUGUAGGUGUGACCUUUUCUGGAGACAUAUGAAAUCACUCUGGUGCCUGCUGGGCACUGUAUUCGUUUUUUAAAAGCUGCAGUACAAGUGCACUUAACAAUUAAUACAUAUUUUAGAAGGACACAAUUUUUAAAAAGCCUAAGAAAUAGUCAUUUAGAUUUUCCAGUCGUGGUAUUUUUUAAUCAGGAAAUUAGCUCAAGAGAAAAAGAAGUAAGCACACAGUUAUUUCUUCUCUUGGAAAAAUGCCUUUCCAUUGAAAAGUCAUAUUUUCAAGUCUGCGAACAAGAGCAGUAGAGGAUUUAUUUUCCUGUAUUCCCUCCCAAGUAGAGGAAGAAAGGAAGAAAAAUUAUGGUUUCAUCAGAAGAAGAAAAUGUGCUUAAGGGGGCAGGUGUCAGACUUUUGAAGGGUGUCCAGGACUUUUGGGACAGUCCAGCACUUGCCCUUCCAAAUGUCUCCACUGAGAAGAACACCUGGGAAAAUUAAGAAAGGGGAUGAGGUGUCAGAGUCAAGCACAUAGCACGAGGAAAUCAUGUCUUUGGAGAUUUUAAAGGAAAGCUCCAAGACCCAGAGAAAUAGUUCUCAGGAUGCCAGAGCCAGCAAAGUCCACUUCUGCCCCCAAAAAGGGCUCCAAGAAAGCUGUGACAAAGACUCAGAAGAAGGGUGAUAAGAAGCGGCACAAGAGCAGGAAAGAGAGCUACUCCAUCUACGUCUACAAGGUGCUGAAGCAGGUUCACCCCGACACUGGCAUCUCCUCCAAGGCCAUGGGCAUCAUGAACUCCUUCGUCAACGACAUCUUUGAGCGCAUUGCUGGAGAAGCCUCCCGCCUGGCCCAUUACAACAAGCGUUCCACCAUCACUUCCCGGGAAAUUCAGACGGCUGUGCGCCUGCUGCUCCCAGGAGAACUGGCCAAGCAUGCUGUCUCGGAGGGCACCAAAGCCGUCACCAAGUACACGAGCUCCAAGUAGCUGGACACCACCUCUCCAAUGGGACCAUCAAGCACCGAACCCUCCGCACAAGCACAGGUAGGCAGCCACGGUCCGGAUAAACGUCACAGCUAUUAUCCACAGCAAUUUACAGCCUUGGGAUGGGCAUGAGAAGCUGUCUGGUGGAAGAGGAGACAGUGAUCUGGAUGUCAGCUGAUUUUCAUAGUCUGUUCGGGACGUGCGACAGGUUCUGCAGGGCUGGUGGAGGAGGCCUCUGCUUUCACAUCUCAUCCGAAGGACUGACCGACUGCAGUAUAUCCAAACUCUCCUCUGCGCUUGGCAAACAUGCAUGUUUGGCGCUGGCGGGGGAGUCUGGCAGCGGUGACACAGAGAUGCCAUCUCUGAAGUCUUCCUGUUUGGCUGCUUUCUCACAGUCAUCCAAGACGGGCAACGAGGAGUCAGCACUGGUAUCCUCUCCCUCGUAGCCCGUGUCCGUCCUGGUGUAUGGCGACACAGCCCACCCCGUGCCAGCAGAAGUGGCAUCGACAGCUACGAGGCAGGGGCUGUAGAAUAAAAUCCAUAUUGAUACAAUAACUGUCUGUGUGUGACAGCCUGUUUUAAAGAGCAAGCCUGGCAGGCAGAUGUCCGGGAUGAUACCAGGCGCUAUUCCUCCUCGUUGUUCCUGAUGGAUGAGCCAUCGAGCAGGCUGAGGGUGCCGGCGCUGGAGCUGCCCGCUGCCUCCCACCUCGUGCCAAGGCGGACGGAUGGACAAGGGGGGAUAUUGGGGCUGGGUCACUACCUUGCCCGGCUGCUGCUUUGCCUGCUUUAGGACUUGCUUUGGUGUUCAAGAUGUUGCUAAUUCUGCUGCUUUUCAGAGACUUUUCCUGCCUCAACGCUGCCUGGGCGCUCCCUUCCAUCGUAAGCGUGGGCGAGAUGGGGUGGUGCCCAUGGGGGUCCCUUCUCCUGCAAGCGCUGGGGUGGUGCAGGACAAACAGCACAAAGGUGUCGGGAGGGGACUGAGGAUUUGGGAAAGCAUCUGGCGUGGGAGCAGAGGUGGUUAAUGCAGUCUGGGGGAGAAGCAGGCUCCCCGCAGAGAUCGCUCCAGGCAGCUCACCUGGCCCUGCCUUCGCUGCUUUAUUCACCUGUUAGAAAGCAAAAGCAAGAACUGGGUCUGGGUGGAUCUGUAGGGACACUUGCCUUCAUCCCAGAGAUAUUUUAAAGAUUAAAUAAUUUUAAACUACUUCGGAUACUCCCCACGUCUUCUCAAAGUCCACAGUAAGGUGAGCAAUAAUAAAAUCCUGAUUAAAGCCAUAAAAAUUAGUGGAAGGAUGUCUUGGUUACAGGUUUAUCUUGCCCGAACUGCUGGAUAGCAGAAGAAGAGCAUGUGUAGAACUGGUGUGAAGUUGAAGCUUCCUACUCAAAACGCAAAAUUAGCCAGCAUUUUAAAAAAAAUCAAAAUCUCUGGUAGGCAGUAGUGCUCAGAUAAAAAAUAUUCAUGUCUUUAAAAUAACAGCUUAUUCUGUAAAUAAAAAGGGCAGUAAAGACAGGAUCCAGAGCUAAGUGCAGGUUCUCCGCAAACUCCAAGACCUUGUUUUUAAUGAAAAGGUAAAUUCAUACCCCAAAAUAGCAGCCUUGCAGUACACCUCUCGCUUUCCCCUAGGUUUAUCUCUAUCUUUUUUCUUUGCACUUUGAGAGUGUGGGGACCCUUGACAAAUUUAUGUUGCUUUUGGAGCUACAUGUAGGACUCUGCAGCUCCAGAAGAUCCAGUUAUUUCUUGGGGUUUUUAACAGCGUUGCAGUCAUUUUCCACUUGGUCUGAGGACUUAGACCUACUCAGCCAAGAGCAGCUCAGACACCCGAGGGCAGCGCGGGGUCCCUGUGCAAGAGCAAAGGACAAGCGACGGUUGCUUACAGGCUGCUCCCAUCCCCCUGCUGCAGCUUGGAAUUUGAACACCCCCCACCCAAAAAGGGGCUUUCCUACCCUAUUUUGCUCAGUGCUAGCACACUCCAGCCACAUUUCAUACCGCAAUGCCAGCAGGAAUCCCCAGAGAUACCUUUCAGAAGAUAUCCCCAGCUGUCAGCGCGCACAAGGAGCAGCUCCAGCAGCGGUACCUGUACUCAGUAGCAUUGGUAACCUGGACCCCUUGGCCAGGACACUUUGGAGGUGACAGCUUCACACUUCCUUUUGUUUUCCACUCAAAUAGUCAAAAUCAGCUACCAAAGAUGAAAAUGUACCUGCAGUGGGCCUAGAACCACCAUCCUUGGCCCUUCUCCUACCAGAAAUCAGACAGCGGAUGAUGCAGAAGGGGAAUGCAGGGAGUGAAGGGCUGGCCGGCAGUGCCAGCAUCAUUCCUGAAGGCAGGAAUUCAGGGUGGAAUAAAUCCGCUUCAGUUCAAGCAGUGUGUGCGAGCCAGGACACACACCUUCCAGGAUUACCCGGCACUGCCUCUAAAUCCUCACUCUUUUGAGCAGAGCAGAGUCCUACUCCAGUCUCUGCAGACUGCAAGAAGUCAGGAAAAUAAAAUGAGAUGGUCAUUUGGAUGGGUGUCCAGGGUCUCCUGGGCAGCUCGGGGAGCUGGGGACGAGGCUGGGUGCUUGGGCGAGAGCUGCUGGCCCCACGCACAUACAGUACUGGUCUCAUGUUCUUCUCUGGGAUGUGUCACUGUUGCCACUCUCCGUUUUUGGAGAUUGUUUCAGAGAGAGAGGAAACAGCGAUUUAAGGCUAUAAAAAUACUUGAAGGCCUGAAGAGGAUUUUUAUAUUGUCUAAAGCCGAGUGACUGAGUCUGGUCAUCUCCAUCCAUUUAUAGUUUAGGCUGUCGUUUCACACAUCAUUUGCUCUUCACUCUCCCGUUGUAUCACUUUUUUACUUGUCCCUGACAAUGUGGAGCACAGGAUUGAGAAACUGAUCCAGGUUAAAAUGAACCCUUUGGGUUUUUUUCUUCAAGCUUCAUUUUAACCCAGUUCUGGUGGCUGCUCCAAUCUGUCACUGUCGUACAGACACUGUCGAUGACACUGUCGGCCAAGGGAAGGGCCGAUCCAGAAAAGGCAGGACUGGCGUAAACUAGGACUGCCACAGAAAGCAGUUGGGAAAUUAAUGGCCUUGGUGUCAAAGGAGAAAUGAAGAAAUGAAACCUGUGUCUCCUGGAAUGGUCCAGUUAGCAGAAAAGAUGUGGUUUUUAAAUAUACCGCUAUGGGUGUUGCCCUUGCAGUGUCCCACAAGCAGUUUCUCUAACAGUCCUGACACUGGAUAUCAGACACAUCCCAUUUCUGCAGAUCCCGCAGGACAUCAAGCGUUACACGAGGGAAAGCGAGCACAUUGGGAAGGGGACUCUGUUCCCACGCAGCCACCCAGCUGUAGCAGUUGGAGGCUCCUUGUUCAGCAGACAAACAGCACGCAAGGCAGUCUGCCCUUCCCGCAGCUGCCUGCUGCUGUACAGGCAAUAGAAAAUGGUCUAAACGUUCAGGCAUCGAUUGUCCACUCAAUACAUCGAGGUGUGACAUGUAUCACAGUUCCCUGCUAAGGGGAUCUGCUGCAGAAAAGGGGUUCUACACUUCAGGACUUUUAAAAAAUACGUAUUUUCAGCUCUGUAAUUGAUAAAACAUUUUAAAAAUGAAGAUAAUAUACCGAGCCCCACUGUCCCUACCUGAUUCCUACUGCAAUCCCAGAAGUGCCUCUGGGACGUUCCUGUGUUUUGCCAAAAAAAAAUAAUCAACUGCAGAUUGAAAGUUGGAGAAGGAAGCUGAAAAAGAGUAAUACAGCCUUGAUAUUAACUUCAAAGUAACUCCAUGGAUGUCACUGUACUGAGUUAUUUGUUUUCAUGUACAAUUUAAGAGAUAAAAUUAGCAGCUAUAGAUCUACUCCUCAUUUUUCACCCUGCUUCCCUAGAAGGGCUUAAAGUCCGCUCGCCCCUCACAGCAGACCUCAACCUACAAAAGACCCGAGUGGCCACGUGCACGGAGGUUUGCUCCUGCUCGGGACAGACAGGUCUUUAGUCAAACACGGGGAAACCAAGAGUAAACACAAGUGUGCGGGAUGAGUGCCUGUCCUGGAUGCUGCUGCAUGUCCUAGGAGGGGAUGCCUGGACUGAGACCACUGAAGAGCCUUGCACAGAGGAGCCCCGUGGCUGCAUGCCCUUCCGCCCUGGCAACCGGCAACGGUGUGGAGGUAGCUCCAGGUCCCGGUCACCCCUGGAGCCAAGCUUGCCAUGGCCUCUGCACAGCCCUGAGCAUUUGUCCCAUCAUAGCAUUUCCUGACAGUUUACAUCCAGACCAAGUUGUUUACAGGGAAAGGAAGACUGUGAACUAAACCAUAAAAAUCACUUGCUGCCAGAAUUUUGGGAGUUCCCCGGGAGCAGCACCUGGGGAGCAAUCUCGUGCUUACUCUCCAUGCAUGGUGUCUUGUAGGCUUAUGUACACAGAGUUUUUUUCUGACAAUAAGUGUUACAUUAAGUAUGAUCUAUGUUAUAUUACUGCUGUUUUAUGACCUAUCUUACAGCUAAUUACUUGUUUUCUGUUAAAUGUAUAAAUAAAAUGUAAAUGCAGACCUGUUGAAAGUCA